CUCAUCUUUAGCUUUGGCUCUUGCCUUGUGCUUUUUCGUUCCUUUCUUUGGAGUUUAAGCUGUUUUUAGGCUUUUUUAUUUUAAGUAUUGACUAUCAUACCAAUUAUUCAUAGCACUAAUGGAAUUCAACAAGGGAAACACCACCUCCUCUUCUGCAUCUAACUUCAUAGACUUUGGAGUUGAUGAAGCGGAAUGGGACGCGAUUAUGGCAAAUGUCCCCACAUCCAUGUUGGAGCCCGCUGUUGUUAUGCCUCCUCCUGGAUUUGCACCAAUUGCUGGAUCCAGCGGAGUCCCACGACCCAGUAUCGCACUAGCUCCUGUUGCUCAAACUGCAAUGCCCGCUCCUGAUGUCUCCUCUGAACCGAAGUCUGCUCAUCAUAUUAGAGUUUCGCAUACCGCAGGUCCAUCAAAGCGCAAGGUUACAGAUGAAGCAGCCACCCCGGCCAAGCGCGUGAGGAAAACCAAACGUUCGGCGGCCUUAGGCGUCUUCACAUCUGAAUUUCUCACGCCUAGUGAAGAAAAUGAAGGAGAUGUAAAAUUAUCCUGCAACGAAUUGAGACCUCAAAUCCACGACCUCGUCGUUGAAGAAAUAAGGGAGAAGCGCGCCCUGAAAUGGCGCAUUGUAUUGAAGGCGCAAUACACCCGUCUUACAAUAAACGGGGAAGUGGAAACCAUAACAUCAUUUCAUGGAAGCAUCACGCAAGUGGAAAUGAUGGAAUAUACCAUUCCUGACCACAUUGAAAAGGCCAUUGCCAAGGUUGAAGAAUGCGUGGAAGCCUUUUUACAGCUUGGUUCGGGGUGGAUAUUUGACAAAACCCUUUCAGUGGAAGUUCAGAUGGCGAAAUAUGCUCCACUUGCGGGGAAAAGUUAUAUCCCCCUCUCAAAGAAAAUUCAAGCCAAGAAAGCCGUGCUGAACAUUCAAAACGACGAUGCCAAAUGCCUGCUGUGGUGCUUAUUAGCACAUAAGAAGAAUUUCCAUCGAAGUGUGAAGCCUGAACGCGUUUCCCACUAUAUCCCUCAUGAAGCUGACAUCAAGAUGGAGGGGGUGGAAUAUCCAGUUCCAGUGAACAAAAUCGGAGCCAUUGAGAAGAUGAAUAAUUUGAGAAUCAAUGUUUUUGGAUGUGAGAACGAUGAAAUAUUCCCCCUGUAUGUUUCGGAGCGUGAAGACAGUGAUGUUGCCAACCUUCUUCUCAUCGCAAGUGAAGAAAGACAGCAUUACUGUCUUAUAAAAAAUAUGAGCAGACUGCUUGGAGACCUAACAGAUCACGAUGGCAAGCGCUUCUACUGUUACAGAUGCUUGCAUCGCUUCUCGGCUGAAUCCCUACUCCAAGAUCAUCUACAGUACUGCAAGAAUGUGGCUCCGCAACGAGUGAGGCUUCCAAAGCAGGGGGAAAAUAUUUUGAAGUUUGACAAAGAUCAUUAUCAACAUCCUGUAUCAUAUUGCAUCUAUGCUGAUUUUGAGUCGCUAAUCGUGCCAAUUGAAUCUGCUCAACCACCCCCUUCCCACUCCUACACGGAGAAAGUUGCUAUGCAUGAGGCCUGCGGGUAUGCGUAUCUCAUCGUCGGUCCGGAUGGGAGGCAGACAAAGCCUAUUGCUGUUUAUCGCGGAGUGGAUGCUGCCACACACUUCGUCACGAAGUUGCUUGAAGAACGUGAAGAAAUUGCGGAGAAACUAAAUGACAUUAUUCCGAUGGUGCUCUCCCCUCAAGAAGAGAUGAAUUUUAAAACUGCAGCUCAAUGCCAUAUUUGUGGAGGUCGACUUGGAAGUGACAGAGUACGCGAUCAUGAUCACUUGACGGGAAGAUAUCGCGGUGCUGCACAUCGAGCCUGCAACUUGAAAUAUCGCGUGCGAAAGAUGAUCCCAGUGAUCUUCCAUAAUUUGAAGAAUUAUGACGCCCAUCAUAUUGUGAAGACGCUGGGGGAUUUCCCGGGAUAUGAAUAUUCUGUUAUUCCCACUAACAUGGAGAAGUACAUCUCUUUCACCAUAUCAUGUCGAGAAGAAAAACGAGGGGAGCAAGUGCCUUUGGUAUUUUUGGAUAGUUUGCAAUUUCUAUCAACUUCGUUGGAAAAACUAGUAGGAAAUCUGCCCCCAUCUGAUUUUCAUCUACUUAAUGAAAAUAUUCAGAAAAACAAGGUCCACCUUCUAUUAAAAAAAGGGGUCUAUCCUUACGAAUAUAUGAAUUCAUUUCAAAAAUUUGAGGAAAAAAGUCUCCCACCAAAAUCUGCUUUCUUCAGCUCACUAAUGGAGGAAGGAAUUAGUGAUGAAGCAUAUAUUCAUGCCAGCACAGUAUGGAAAGAAUUCAAUAUCAAAUGUAUGGGAGACUAUCACGAUUUAUAUGUGGCGUCUGAUGUAUAUCAGCUAAGUGAUGUAUUCCAGAAAUUUAGGAAAAUAUGCUUGACAUAUUACAAAAUUGACCCCUGCCAUACAUUCACUGCCCCUGGUCUGGGAUGGCAAGCAUGUCUAAAGAUGACUGACCAGCCCCUCGAAUUGCUUACGGAUAUCGAUAUGCAUUUAUUCGUUGAACGUGGCAUUCGCGGGGGCAUUUCAACCAUUUCAAAAAGGCAUGCAAAAGCCAAUAACAAGUAUAUGCCAAACUUCGACCCGACAUCCCCAUCCAAAUACAUCAUGUAUUUAGAUGCCAACAAUCUUUACGGGUGGGCGAUGUCGCAACCCUUGCCGUAUGGUGAAUUUAAAUGGGUUGAUGCCAGCCAGGUGGAUGAAGCAUGGAUUGCUUCCAUACCAUCAAACAGUGAUGUUGGCUACAUUUUAGAGGUGGAUCUUGAAUACGGGGCUGAGCUGCACGAUGAGCACAAUUUAUACCCACUAGCCGUCGAGAAGAUGAAAAUUGUCGAAGAAAUGCUCUCUCCUUCCGCAAAGAACAUCUUAGAAGAACUUGGGAAUAAAUUUACAUCUUGUGAAAAAUUAGUACCAAAUUUACAAGACAAAACCCAUUACAUCGUUUAUCACAAGAACUUGCAGUUAUAUUUAUCCCUUGGUCUGAAAUUGAAGAAUGUUCAUAAAAUGAUGUCAUUUAAACAGAAGGCAUGGCUUAAACCGUACAUCGAGUUCAACACAGAGAAGCGGAAGAAUGCUGCCAACUCUUUUGAAAAGGACUUCUUCAAGUUGAUGAACAACUCGGUGUACGGUAAAACGAUGGAGAAUUUGCGAAAUCGAGUGAAGAUCGACUUAGUUAACACAGAGAGAAGGGCACUCAAAGUCGUGGCAGAUCCCAGCUAUCGUCACUAUAAAAUCUUCUCCGACGCGCUGAACAAGUCACUUGUAUACGAUGAUGACAAAGGUGCCGCACAAAUAAAAAAAUUAGCUGCCGCAAGCUCGUAUCGUAGUCAGUGA